UCCUGCAGGCUCAGAGGAGGGCAUGAGAGUGGGACUCUGGGAGCGUCACACAGUCAACGUCCACUCCUCGUUCCCUCCACGUGUCCCCGUCUCGUCCCCCUGAGCUGGUCAUGAGGUAGAGGUCCCAGGGUCCCCCUGUGUCUGGAGACGCCCUCCCUCCCUCCCUCCCUGCUUCAUGAGCCAGCAGGAUGCUGCUACGGUCCUUGCACUUUCGGAGCGCCUCCUCGUAGCCUCACACAAGGGCCAGGCUGACAAUGUGGUCCAGCUCAUCAACAAGGGUGCCAAAGUUGCUGUCACAAAGUAUGGCCGGACUCCCCUGCACCUGGCCGCCUACAAGGGCCACAUCGAGGUUGUGCGCAUUCUGUUGAAGGCUGGCUGUGAUCUGGACAUUGAGGACGAUGGUAACCAGACAGCCUUACAACGGGCAGCCGUGGUGGGAAAUAGUGACGUCAUCUCUGCUCUCAUUCAGGAAGGGUGUUCUUUGGACAGACAAGAUAAGGAUGGUAACGCUGCACUGCAUGAAGUCGCAUGGCAUGGUUUCAGUCAGUCGGUCAAACUGCUGGUCAAAGCUGGAGCCAAUGUUCAUGCAAAAAACAAGGCAGGGAACACAGCACUACACCUGGCCUGUCAGAAUGGUCAUGCCCAGAGUUCCAAAGUGUUGCUUCUAGGAGGUUCCAGACCAGACAGCAGGAACAACGGAGGGGACACGUGUCUGCAUGUUGCUGCGCGCUACAACCAUGUGUCCAUGAUCAGGAUCCUCUUGGGGGCAUUCUGUUCUGUCAACGAGAAGAAUCAGGCUGGGGACUCAGCCCUGCAUGUGGCAGCUGCUCUUAGCCACAAGAAGACGGUGCGCCUGCUUCUGGAGGCGGGGACAGAUAGCAGCCUCCGCAACAACGCAGGUCUGACUGCGUUGGACGAGGCACGAGAACACAAUAACCCAGAAGUGGCGCUUCUCCUUACCAAGGCCCCUCAGGUCCAGAGUUUCACGCGUGGCAGGAGUGUGAGGAAGCGUCGAGAUAAACUGAAGGCUGAGCGGCGAGCGCAGUCAGUCCCGCGGGAUGAAAUGCUGCCUAGUAAGGAAAGUGUAUCAGCAGCCGAUGACACACAGAGUAGUGACCAGGUGGUGCGCAGAUGCAGAGAGACAAAGAACAACCCUCCAGAGACUCCAGACGCGGCCACAAAGAAGGGCCGGCAUAAGAAGCCCAAAGAAAAGCCCUCCCUGUCGGACCCCCUCACGCGGCGUGAGAACAAGUGUGGUGAGCCCGUCCAGAAGAAGAGGGGCAAGGUGAGAGGCACCUCCCCUCAGGCUCCCCUGCCCCCACCCCACAACUACAAGGCCUACCAGUUGUACACCCUCUACCGCAACAAGGAUGGCAAGAUCAUGCAGGCCCCACUCAAUGGCUGCCGUUGUGAACCCCUCAUCAACAAACUGGAGAACCAACUGGAGGCCACCAAAGAGGAGAUGAAGUCGGAGCUCCACACCAUGCAGGAGCUGAUGAACAGCAAGAUGGGGCAGCUGGACCGCAAGAACAAACACCAGAUCCGAACUUUGGAUAAGAUGACCACGGAGAGAGUAUCGGCAGAGCGGACUGAGUGUCUUCAUCGCAUCGAUCAGAGAGCCACGGUGGAACGAGUAGAAGGAGAAAAGAGACAGCAGGCAUUAGUUAUGAAUGAGCUGAAAAAUUGGUGCUUGUCAAAGAUCCAGCGCAUGGAGAAGCGCUUCACUGGAGAUGGAAAGCUGCGCAGAUCCUCUUCCCUGGCUGACACCCUCUGUGAGGCAGACUCUGACGGAUUGCCUACCCUGUCCAGAGGAAGUGCCCACUGCCUGGCUGGCACACCUCUGCCCGACUCCGCUGAGGGGGGCAGUAACGCUCAUCCUGCUGCCCCUCCUGAAGAGGGCUCAGCCAGCCAUUAUUUUGUGGUUCAGGUGGACAGUUCUCCAGAUGAAAAGCAGCACCUUCCUGAGCCCUCAUCUCAAUAUCUGAACAAGUCCCUCCCUUCAUCUCCCCGUGUGGUACGCCGUAAGGAGCGCUCGCUGCUCUCUGCUGACCCCCGGAGGCCACAGCCAGAAGUGCAGGAAGUGGACCUGCUGGAGCCCGGGGCAGGGCCCAGUCCAAGCUCAGCCCGGGCCAGCAGCCUGUCCCCAGCCACAGAGCGCCGCUUCAACAGCCGGCACGACCACGACCGGGGCAGAGACAGCAGCAGGUUCCACAAGAGACACUCCCGAGGCCGAUCAAAAGCCAAGAAGAGUGCAGGGCUGAUUCCUGCUGAUGGGGCCAAGACGCUUGAAGUGUUUGGGGACCGACCAUCAGAACCCACUUUUGCCCAGGAACGGGACAACAUGCACGCACUGGAGGUGACCCAGUACUUCUUUGAGGCCGUGUCCUCACAGCUGGAGCGCUGGUAUGAGAGGAAGAUCCAGGAGGCUCGGGGCCAGGCUGACCAGAGGGUGCAGGCAGACCGUGCAGCCCUCAUAGACCGCAUCAGCUACCUGGAGGACGAGCUGCGGACACUAAGAACUAAUAAACAAGGGGAAAGUUAGCACUCACUGGAGACUUACUGACUAGAGGCCAUUCAUGAACUUCUCAAAGAAUUGUCUAUACUCUCGCCCAGUUCAGCAAAAAAAAGAAAGAAUUUCUUUAGAUCCAGAGUGGCUUGAUAUUAACAAUGCCCCUUUUAUCCAAAGGCAAAGACGACUCAUGUAGUUCUUGAUAGGCACAUGUCAAAAAUGAAAUUGCUUGCUUGAAAACUGUGAUCAAAAUAAAUCUCAUGCUAUGUCAAACAACUUUGAAACAACUUUGUGAUAUCCAGACAAGUAUAUCUUAAAAUAUGAGUCAGUGAAGCUUACUUAAGUGCUUACUUAAGUGCUUCCUUCAGUGCGGCACCACAGUUAAGUCAUGCUGGCUCAUUCACCCAAACGCCAAAACUCUUUUGAGAUUCCUGGAGAUAGUCAGGAGUUAGAGGUCAGUUUUUGUACACAAAAAAUAUGUAUGAAAAUAUGAACUUGAUCGAUGUUUACAAGUAGCUACAAAUCUUUUCACUUCAAAUUUCAUGUAAGUUUGCCAUGACCAAUGUGCAUGUUACGAUUUAGACAAAGUGCUAUUGUUAUUUUUUACUCCAUAGUGUUAAGUAUGUUACUUUCAGACAUGCUCAACUGUUCUUGUUCAUUCUCCAGUUAGGAACUUUCAUGAUGAAAUCCCUCAAAGAAAUUGUUUUGUACAUUUGAAAGAGGACGCAGCCAACAUGACAAUGUCUUAACUGAAUAAACUUGACUUUUUAAAUCUUUGGAUAUAUUAGACACCUAGAAGUUGUCUCAUAUCACCUCCUGUUUUGUGACCUACAUUAAACCUUAGGACUUUUACAAAAUCAAAAGUUAAAACUGUAAUCGUAAAUACACGGUCUUGCCUGCAUGUUUAACAAAAGUGCUACAGCGUUACCUUCGUUAUUAGUGUCACUAGGAACCAUCUAGAACAUAUGCCAUGUUUCUGUCAUUCAUUUCCAAGGUCAAGUGUCUAUAUAUUCAUGUGGGAAUGAGUAUUUUCUGUAUUAUAAAACUCACAAUGAAUUGUACUUUUUGUAAGUAAGAAGCUGAUUGUUGACUGCUUUCUUUGAAACAUUACUUCAACAAUGUUCAUAGAUUCAUUUGUAACCAGUGUUUCUUGACACUGCAGUGAUCUUGCAGAAGCUUCAUAAUGUAGGCUAUAUUUUCCAGCCCUGAAGUCCAUAACCUGGUUACUACAAUAAAGGAUUUAAACUUCGAACAGAAGGCACGGUA